GCUGACUCCUGUCUUUGCAAAGCGCCGUCCUUGCUGAAACUUAAUAUUGAUUUAGGAAGUAAUAGUCCAAAUAUACGAUUUCGAGUUAUUGUAUGCCUUAUUAUAUUUUUACCACAUAAGUGACCUCCAGUAUUAAUUUACUUUCACACAUGUAUGUACUGAUAUGUAACUUUACAGGAAAUUUAAUGCGAUUGGUUAGCAUCAACAUGAAACCGAAAGUGAGACUGACUUAAUGCGGGGGGAAAAAAACAAUCAUCCAUUUUCCUGACAGCAAUACAACAGUAAAUGUGCAACUGUGUACUGCUUCACAAAUAAUUAUAAAAAAAAACUAUAGAUUACCAUGGGUGAUAUUUCGACAAUAUACAAACUCUCUUUGAUCCUCUAUACGAUCUUGCGAGCUUCUGGAACGAAUUGUCCUGUCCUGGAGUGCUGGUUUGUCCAGGAGAAGCCAGGAGGGGGUUUUCCUGCAGCCACGAGCCAGGAGAAGUCCCUUCUCUACAUUAGUUCUGACACAGCGGACAGGACAGAAGCACAAUCAACCCGACGCCCCCCUGCAGAUAUCAGUCCAUCUAGAAUCUACCACAUAUCGGACCCAAGUGCCACAUUGUGCAGAUCAGCUCUCCAUCCACCACAGGGCUCUGUGAAGAAGCCCCAGUGUGAAAUCAAUCCCUUCCUCCCUCAGCCGGCCAUGAUCCAGUGGGCGGCUGCACUCACCAGUGCGGCCCUCAGCCCAGUCUACCUGCAGGCUGACUGGUUCUCAGUAGCCUUGCAGGGCCUGGAUGGACAGUUGGUCCUGUCCAAUGUGAUGCGGGCUACAUCAGCGACCAACGAGCCUAACGUGAUCCUCUCUGUGUUCAGUAAAACUGCCUCCGUCCGUUCCCGACUUGGUGUGCCGGUCUCGCUGGACUGUGGCUUCUGGGCAGACCCAUCCUCGCCUCUCUCGGGGUCAGGCUUUACAGUGGAGUGGCGCUACCAGUACCGGGGAGAGGGGCGACUGGUCUUGGCCUAUGACGGCAAGACCGACCGGUAUGCUGAAUCCUCGGAGAAGGGGGCAGAGCUAGAUUUCACCGCCCUGCACCAGACGAGGAACGCGUCACUUUUGCUGGAGGAGACCCAAGUCAGACAUUCUGGGACCUAUAUUUGCACCAUCUACCUCCCGUAUCUCCUGGCUCAGGUCACUCUGGACUUGGAGAUACAGGAGCCCCCCUCCAUUUCCAUCUCCCCCUCCCCCCUCCCUGUCAUUAUCCCUGGCCAGUCCGUCUCCGUGCAGUGUGACGCCUCUGGCUUCGCCCCGCUCUCUCUGCAACUGCGUUGGGAGUUUGUGGGAGUGGAUGGUAAGGUGCAGGUUCUGGGCGAAGGCAGGAUGUCGGGUCACCGUCAGGCCUCCGAUGGCACCUUCAGCCAGAACUCCUGGCUGGACCUGGACACGAGCCGGCUGAACCUGGGCCGCGGUGGGGAACUAGCCUGCGUAGCGGUGCACUCCGGCGGGACCCGGCGGGUCAGCGCCACUGUCAACAUCGUUGGAGUGAGCGCCCCCUCCAUAGAAGACUCAAUGGCGAUGGUGGCUGUGGCCCUGGGUCUCUAUGGCCUUAUCAAGGUCUUCUCCUGGACAUUUGGCUCCUUUGGAUCUGGUAACGGCGAUUCAGAAGACAAGAAACAAAAUUGAACCCGAGGAAACAAAGAUGGAUGGAGAUUCUGAGAUGCGAAUGCAGUUCUGCUGUAAAUACAUCAAAGCUUUUUGGUCAAUGGGUAUAAAAUGUUCUACAAUUCUCCGUCUAGAAGUUGUUUUAUUUUUGAAUAAAUUACAAUGUCUGGUAUCUAAAAUACCGUAUUUUAAAAUGUAAUUCUAAUAUAGUUAAAGUGGGAGGCUGUGAAUGUACUGUGUGUACAGAUAAUUGUUCUGAGAGAUUUUUAUUUUUUUAAGAAUGUGGUAAACUGAUGUGUAUAGGGUUUAAUUCCCCAGAGGAGUAGAUGGCCACACAAGGAAGGCAGCAGAGAGAAUUAUUUGAGUCACCAAAACUGUGGCGACUUAAUGGAGCCUUUCAGUGAGAUGAUCUGUGACAAAACCCAGCAGCAGCAUGCAACAGCUUCUUCAGUUUGAAUUACAUCUGUGUACGUUUUCUUGUCAUUUCAGUUGUGUGCAAUUUGUCUUUAAGUGUUUGAACUCCUAAUUUAGUAAAAUUCUUCCUUUGUUUGAUACCCAGUAAUUUUCAUCUUUUCUACUUUUGGACAUUUUCAUUGUUGGGUAGAUGGGAAAUAGUAGUAAUACGUUUUGCUGUGUGAAAACUGUUGGUUAAACUCUACAUUUCUUUUAAGACGUAACUGUUAAACUGCAGUCGGUGAGAAAGUACAGAUUUGAGUGAACUCUAGCAGAAUGGAAACAAAUAAAAAUUCGAAAUGUUAAAA